GACAAAGAAAUAACAGAAACCAAAUCACCUGAAAAGACCAAGACUUCAGAGAAGUCCACUGAUGAUUCUGAGAAGAAGGAAAAAGAAAGUUCAGCUAACAAAGAUGGAGAUCUGUCUGUGAAUCAGGAAGGUCUGAGCAACAAGAAAUCAGAUAGCCAUACUUCUUCCUCAGAGAACGAAAGAAGUUCCCAAGCUGAUUUAAAGGCAACAAAAUCAGACAGAGGCAAACCCACCAAAAAAGAAGAAUCAUCUAAAGAAAUUGAUACCAAGAAAAAGCCAUCAACCACUCCAGCCAGGAAAACAGCUGAAGUAGAGAAGAAAACACCUGAAGGAAUGGAAGGCAUAACAUCAAAAGAAGGACCUUCUAAAGGUGCAGCUAGCAAAAUAGAAGGUGAUAAGGAAAAAACAAACAAAAGCAUGGAAUUCAGAAUUCCAAAACUGUCUUCUGCCAGAAAAACAGUGGAUGGAAAGGAAAAAGGAUCUGGUGGCAUGGAUUUCAAAAUUCCGAAACGUUCUUCUACCAGUCCAGCCAGAAAGACAGCCGAUGUGGAGCAACAACCAGCAGAAACUAGAGGAGACAUGCCUCCCGUCUCUGAUAACCUUGCAACCAAGCAGAAGAGGGACACCUCUGUUCAAAAAGUGGAGGAUUCAACAAAUACCCCUUCAAGUUCAUCAGUCAAAGAGGUACCUCAACAGACCUCAGAGAAAACUCCCUCUCUACAGGCCAAGCCAGAUCCCCCUGUGACAAAAGAGUCAGCUUCUGAGAUUCCUCCUUACAGCUCUGAUGUUCCUAUUGGUCAAAAUUAUAUAGUUCCUGUGACUGGAUUUUACUGCAAGCUUUGUAGUAAAUUUUACAACAAUGAAAAGGCAGCUAAGGAGUCCCAUUGUCAAACCAGGGCCCACUACGAUAAAUACAAGAGUGCCAUGAUAGGGCUGAAGACACCUGUAGGUGGGGUUACCAAAAGUGCAGAAAAAGGUGAGGACCAGUCAGCUUCCUCAAUUGUCAUGAAGGAUGAAUCUAAAUCCGGUGUGGAGAGUCUACAGACUGACCCCGAGGGAAGUACAAGAGGAAGAGCUGGAUCCCAUGCCAACAGAGGCCGCAGGGGCAGGAAGUGAUGUCAUCAGUUCAGGCCAUAUCUUGUCAACUGUACCAUUCAGUUUUGCAUUCGUUUUGUACACCAGUAUGAGAUUUUGUACUGUUUUUUUUAAGGAAAGCAAUUCUUUUACGAGAAAGAACUUGUUAUUGUAAGAUGGCUCUGUUUAGAGAGUAAUCAUUAACAA